GUCAGUGUAACACUUAACAAAAGACUGCGCGCUUCGGCCAUUUGUUUACACUUUUUCAAUUUUCGAAAAUGGUUGGAUAUAUUUUCGUUUGAAAGAUCUCUCUGAUGAGUGCAGAAGCAUCCCCAAGGGAGAAGAAUGUUUCUAUCCCGCUUCCCGCUUCAAAUGGACCACGGCCGUACAGAUGUGAGAUAUGUCAGAGGUCGUUCCGGGAGGUUGCGACCUUGAGAAAACACGAGCAGCUACACAGGGCUGAUCGUCCGUAUGUGUGCCAGACUUGUGGGAAAUCGUUCCUCUGGUCGUCCAACUUGAAAGUCCAUGAACGUGUGCAUACUGGAGAGAGACCUUACAAGUGCAAGAUAUGUCACAGAUGUUUCACCCAGUCAAAUGACCUGCGUCGGCACGAGAGGAAUGUGCACAUGAGGGGCAAGCUUUACAGCUACAAGAGUCCACCAGCGGGCCGAGCUAUCCAGCCUGCGGCUACCAACCCUGCACAGAUGAAUCUUGCGGCAUAUCAGGCAUUUGCCCUUCAGCAGCGUGCCAUCCUGCAGCACGCCCUGACCUACGAGAGCCUCAUGCAGAGCUCUGUCUCCCUGACAACUGCGCACUACCUCCAGUCUGGUGGGGGGAGGUCCCUCGCAAGCCUGGCGCCCAUGGGAGACGUGAACGUGUCUACCUCAGUUAUCAAACCUCGCGGCAGCAGUGUGCUAAGGGAUCCACGGGAUCAGGAUCUACCUCAAGAUUUGUCUGAUCGCUCCCUGAAGCUUGAGCAGGUAACUCCACCCCCUGCGGAUGAUCACUUCUCGCGCGGCGAAAAUAGUGCAGAUGAGCACCAGAGUCCCGGCCAGUCAGGAUACUCUCCUACCUCCAAUAAGUCUAGAUACUCUCCUACCUCCAAUAAGGCCAGAUACUCUCCCUCCUCCAACAAGGCACACUCUCCCCCUGCCCAUUCCACCUCGGCCUACGGGCUCAGUCUCCUGCCCAACGGUUCUCGUAGUAGCCACAGCAAUCACGCGGCCCAUCUCGGAUCUCCAGAGGCAAAGAGAGAGCUACCAUUCUCUCAUUGCGAGUCUCAUGCGGCUAUGGAGUAUCAGAAGUAUUUUCGCUAUCCGACGGAGCAGAAUGCUUUUGCUCGGAGCUACAACUCAGCUUUCUCUAGUACGGGUAGUAAUCGCGAUCUCGGGGACAGCGGAAUAAUGGAUCUGCGUAUAAACAAAUCAAACUCAAGCGUGGAGUCGGAAGAUGGUGAACUCGACUGGAAACAUCAGAAUACUUCGUUGAAGUCACCUGCCUCGGGGUCGGAUUCGGACUCCAAACGCGACGUCACGACCACGUCGCUAACACCCACCGUCGAAUCAGGGAUUCACCAUUGCACACACUGCAACAUCGUGUUCCACGAUUUCACCAUGUACAACCUGCAUCAGAGCCUGCACUCGCCCAUGGAGGACGACCCUUUCAUGUGUCCGUCGUGCAUGAAGCACUGCCAGGACCGCAUCGAGUUCAUGUUCCACAUCGUCUGGCACGUCAAGUACCCACACACCAUACCCAGGUAUCAGUCGUUCAAGGAGAGCUACCUCAUGAUGCCUGAGCCGGACGAGAUCACUGAAGAUGGCGAAUAGAGGAAACCAGAACAGUUUUCCUGAGUGCAAUAGAGUUGCGUAACUUGCGAUAGCAAAGGAAUUGCUUGUGGAGAGAGGGGGCCGUGCCAAUACCAGCAUUUCAAGAGAGUUUGUGACGGGGACGGUCGUCGCAAACUUUGACCUGUAGAGUACCUCAGAAGUAUACCUCGACCAUUUUACCUCAUGAAUGAUCUACGUGAUAUCCCAGGUUAUGUAUAUCAAAGCAUUUUGGUUGACACUUGUCAGUUAGAUAGCGUAGUUGUUUAGACCAUUAUUAGUUAUGUUUUAUUAUGUCUUUUUGUUAGCGAUUGUUUACUUACUAUGUUAUUAUUAUGUACUGUAAAUAGAGUAAGAAGAUACAUGUGUGUUUUAUUAUUGCGUUAAAUCAAAAUAUAUUACACUGUUUCAUGUUAAAUUGUAUGUAUUCGUGUAUUUAGCUUUUGUUACCUUUUCCUUGUCAUAUUUUUCAUUUUGAUAAAUGGAAAUGAUUUUAUUGACAUUUUAUUGAUACAGAAAAAAGUUAACUUGAAGUCAUAUUUUGUAAUAUAAACAAGUAAACAACGUAAUAAAACUAAGUAGAUUGUAUAGGCCUUUUCCCAGGAUCUUGAUACGGUACAGGAGCAUAGAUCCACAGUUGGCAAUAAGAUUGAUUUGUUUCAUUUAUAAGAUGCGUCCUAAAAUUAAAUUUCUACAUUUCUCCAGAGCUGAAACAAGCACAAC